UUUUUUUUUUUUAUUUUAUUUUAUUUUCAACAAUGGAUCACUUUGAAGGUGCAUCACAAGAUGAUUUUACCUUUUUAGAGUACGCUGCUGACACUCAAUCCUCUCAAUACGACUAUAAUGACUUUACACAAACACAACAUGAUCACGACCAUGAUAAUGAUCUAUCUUUGGCUUCGUUAUCCCUGAACAACCAUGAUAUAGGACAAAUGGGUAAUAAGACUACUGAUCAAGACUUGAAAUCUUUUUCCAACGAGCUUCGUUUUGAAGAAACAGAUGACUUUGAUAACUUUGGUGAUAACCAACCCGAUGAGCUCGACAAAGACUUACCUGCUCAUGCAUGCAAGUACUGCGGUAUUCAUUCACCAGCAUCCGUUGUCAAGUGUGUAGCCUGUGAUCGAUGGUUCUGUAAUUCUCGUGGAAAUACUUCUGGAUCUCAUAUCAUUAACCAUUUGGUACGUGCAAAGCAUAAGGAAGUUAUGCUUCAUCCUGAGUCUCCUCUAGGCGAAACUGUUUUGGAAUGUUACAACUGUGGAUGCCGAAAUGUCUUUUUACUUGGUUUCAUUCCUGCCAAAAGUGAUACUGUAGUAGUCCUUCUUUGCAGGCAACCUUGUGCUGCUGUUCCUUCUUCUAAGGAUAUGAACUGGGAUACCUCUCAAUGGAUGCCUUUGAUUGACGAUCGGUGCUUUUUGACGUGGUUAGUCAAGAUUCCUCCUGAACAAGAACAAUUACGUGCUCGACAAAUUACUUCCAAUCAAAUCAACAAACUUGAAGAAUUAUGGAAGGAUGAUACAAAUGCUACUUUGGAAGAUUUAGAAAAACCAGGUGUGGAUGAUGAACCUCAUCCUGUGCUUCUUCGAUACGAAGACGCUUAUCAAUAUCAAAAUAUAUUUGGUCCACUUGUCAAGAUGGAAGCAGAUUACGACAAAAAACUGAAGGAAUCUCAAACUUGUGAUGAUAUCGUUGUAAGAUGGGAUGUUGGUCUGAAUCAAAAGAACAUUGCUUGGUUUUACUUCCCUAAGCUUGAAUUGGGUGAAGUCAAAUUGGCUGUUGGUGAUGAACUACGUCUACGUUAUCGUGGUGAACUUCAUGAACCUUGGGAAGAUGUUGGUCAUGUCAUCAAGAUUCCUAACAAUAUCAAUGACGAAGUUGCUUUGGAAAUGCGACGAUCUAACAGCAAAACUCCUGUUCGAUGUACUCACAACUUUUCGGUGGAUUUUGUUUGGAAAUCAACAAGUUUUGAUCGAAUGCAACAUGCCAUGAGGACAUUUGCUGUAGAUGAAACAAGUGUUAGUGGUUAUAUUUAUCAUCGUUUACUUGGACAUGAAGUGGAACCUCAAGUGCUCAAAACACAAAUGCCCAAAAGAUUUUCUGUCCCCAAUUUGCCAGAAUUGAAUCAUUCUCAAGUCUAUGCUGUGAAAUCUGUGUUACAAAAGCCUAUUAGUCUUAUUCAAGGUCCUCCAGGUACUGGUAAAACUGUAACGUCUGCUUCCAUUGUAUAUCAUUUGGCCAAGAUGAAUCCUGGUCAAGUUCUUGUAUGUGCACCAUCCAAUGUUGCUGUCGAUCAAUUAUCCGAAAAGAUUCACAAUACUGGAUUAAAAGUGGUACGUGUCACUGCCAAAUCUCGUGAAGCUCUGGAUUCACCUGUCUCCUUCUUGACUCUCCAUGAACAAGUCCAAAACAAUGAUACCAAUGUGGAACUUCAAAAGCUUAUUCUGUUGAAACAAGAACAAGGAGAACUCAGUGCUAGUGAUGAACGAAAAUACAGAUCAUUGACUCGUGCUUGUGAAAAGGAAAUAUUGCAGGCUGCUGAUGUUAUUUGUUGUACUUGUGUUGGUGCUGGUGAUCCUCUCGUAUUGGUGGGUGAUCAUCAACAGUUAGGACCUGUUAUUAUGAACAAAAAGGCAGCACGUGCUGGACUAUGUCAAUCCUUGUUUGAACGUCUAGUUAUCCUUGGUAUCCGUCCUAUUCGAUUACAAGUACAAUAUCGUAUGCAUCCAUGUUUAUCUGAAUUUCCAAGUAACAUGUUUUAUGAAGGGACACUUCAAAAUGGUAUCACUACUCAAGAACGUAUUCGCAAGAACGUUGAUUUUCCUUGGCCUGUUCCUGAAACUCCAAUGAUGUUCUAUGUCAAUCUUGGUAAUGAAGAAAUCUCAACCUCCGGUACAUCUUAUCUCAAUCGUACUGAAGCCUCCAAUUGUGAAAAAGUGGUGACUCGAUUUAUGAAAUCUGGCAUUCUUCCCUCUCAAAUCGGCGUUGUCACUCCCUAUGAAGGUCAGAGGUCUUAUAUUGUACAAUAUAUGCAAUUCAAUGGGUCUCUUCGCAAAGAUCUUUACAAAGAUAUUGAAGUUGCUAGUGUGGAUGCUUUUCAAGGUCGUGAAAAGGAUUAUAUCAUUCUCAGUUGUGUUCGAAGUAAUGAACAUCAAGGUAUUGGUUUCCUUAGUGAUCCUAGACGAUUGAAUGUGGCACUGACUCGGGCAAAAUACGGUGUGGUGAUACUUGGUAAUCCAAAGAUUCUUAGCAAGCAUCCUCUUUGGCAUCAUUUGUUGGUUCACUACAAAGAAAAGGCAUGUUUGGUCGAUGGUGCACUCAAUAAUCUUCGUGUUUCAAUGAUCCAGUUCAACCGACCUAGAAAAACAUACAAUAAGGAAGACAAAUUUAGGCAAGGAUUGGCUCAUCAGAUUGAUGCUAGGGAAGCUUUUGCCAAAGCUCCAUUGGCUGCAGAGAGUCGUCGUGGUGGGACACGUGCUUUUGGUCAAGAUUUUAUGCAUACUCAUGAUCCUGUUGGUUAUAUACCAUCUGAUCUUGGUUCAAUUCCUUCCUCACAAAUCAGUAUUCCCUUUAUCCCAUCAGCAACUGGACCAUUUUCUCAAGACUUAUCACAAUCAAGUGUGUUCAAUCGGAAAAACUACAAACAAGCUAUGGAAAGUCAAAGUCAAUCACGAUAUGUUCCUGGAUCAUCAACAUUUGCCAAUCAUACAUUUGGUUGGGGUAGUGGAAGUAUGGCAUCACAAAGCUUUUACAACAGUCAAUCAUCUAUUGGAUUGGCAUUAUCACAAAGCGAUCGAUUACGUAUGAUGUCCGAAAUGGCUAGUCAAACUGGUGGUAUCAAUGGUGGUGUUAAUCAAGGCAACAAUGUAUCUGGAACAUCAGGACUUAUGAGUCAAGAUGGUUUUGUGUUUGAAGAUUACAAGUCCCAAGAUAUGUCGACACUUAGUCAAGAUUUUGAUUUACGUAGUCAAGCUAGUCAAGCAUACACUCAAUACUAGAAAGGAAUGGGAUAUGUAUUCGUAUGGUGUACUACUAUAUAGGUGAU